GAUUCGUCGAUUGUUGCACUGGCGGCAACUGGAACUGUUUUUAACGGCAAAAGUGGAUGACGGAAUCACUGCUUUAGUAAGCGGGCGGACUUACAUAUUACGCGAUUUUAGAUUGAAUUUCUAGUAAACGGCCGUUUCCUAGUUGCUACUGGUCAACAUGAAGCCCACCAGAAGGGCACCUCAAACCCCAGGGAAAAAGACACCGUCCCGAAACAAUUCGAAGGAAAAGAUGGUAAUUAGGGAUCCUGUUGAGGUCUUCUGUCGCAUCCGACCUGUUUCUGUCGCUGACGAUAGUUACAUCAAAGUGAUCGAUGAGCGCACCGUCCAGCUUGCAACUCCGGACAGCUCAAUUGGCAACAAGGGAACAUAUAAGGAAAUCCAGUACACCUUCAGCCGAGUCUUUGCUGAAGAAUCGGAGCAGAAGGAAGUUUUUGACAGAGUUUCUUUGCCAUUGGUUGAAAAUUUCCUCAAAGGCCAAAAUAACCUCUUGUUUACCUAUGGUGUGACUGGAUCUGGAAAAACUUUUACAAUGACUGGUACUCCUAAGGAUCCUGGUAUUCUGCCUAGGUGCCUUGAUGUGAUUUUCAAUUCAAUCAGUGGCUGCCAGGCUAGGAAGUACACUUUUAUUCCUGACGGAAUGAAUGGGUUUGACGUUCAAUCUGAUGAUGCUGCAAGGGAGCAGGAAAUAAAAGCUGGUGUCGCAGACAGAACCAAUCGCACCAGGAUGGACUUUCCCAAGACCCCCAGAAAGCGGAUGGCCCAGUGGGAAACUGCAAGUCGCAUGACAGAAAACACAAGAGUGUCCAUUAGCGACGAGGACUUUGUGUACUCUGUGUUUGUCACUUACGUCGAGAUCUACAACAACAGCGUGUAUGAUCUUCUUGAUGAGCGUGCUGAUGGGUUGACUAAACUAAAAAUUGUGAGAGAAGGUGCAAACAAAAUCAUGUAUGUGAAUGGAGUGCAGGAAGUUGAGGUCAGCUCAGCAAAUGAAGCUUUCGAGGUAUUCUGCCGGGGCAUGAAGCGCAAAACUAUCGCCCAAACAAAUCUGAAUGCAGAGUCAAGCAGGUCCCAUGCCAUCUUUAGCAUUCGACUUGUGAAGGCUCCAUAUGAUUCAAACGGAGAAGAAGUCCUCCAAAAGAAAGAAUCAAUCAGUGUGAGUCAGCUGUCCCUUGUUGACCUUGCUGGCAGCGAGAGAGCAAACAGGUCUCAGGCCAAGGGCCAGAAUUUGUGUGAAGCAGGCAACAUCAACAACUCACUGCUCACUCUGCGAAAGUGCUUUGAAAUGCUCAGGGAAAACCAGAUGAAUGCUGGCAAUGGAGCCCCCAAGAUGGUGCCCUUCCGAGACUCCAGGCUCACUUAUCUGUUCAAGAGUUUCUUUGAUGGAGAAGGCAAAGUAAGAAUGAUUGUCUGCGUCAAUCCAAACCCUGAUGACUACGAAGAGACUCUGCAUGUGAUGAAGUUUGCCGAGAUGUCGCAAGAGGUGCAGGUUAAAAGGUGCAUGCCGACACCUAGAAGGCCAGACGUCAAUUUCACUCCAGGACGACGCAGAGCAAACCAAAUAUUCAAAGAGGCUGCUAAGAGAAUCGAGGAAUCCGGUGCCACUCAAGGAGAAUCCAUACCAUUUGAUCUAAAUCUGGUAUACAGUCUUGGCAUUCCUAUUGACAACACCCCUCUCACUGAUCCUAACAACGAAGAGCUCAUUCGAUCUGUCAUGAUGGUUUUGGAAUCCAGGGUUGCCAAAAGAAGGUGUCUGCAGCAGCAGUUUAAAUCACAAAUUGAUCAAGUGAGGUCAAGUGUGGUGGCUCUUGAGAAAGACAACAUCAGCCUGAAACAAGAAAACUCUAGUUUGCGAGCUACCAUUGAUCAAGAGCGAUCUGGAAGGAGUCUCCUGGAACAAAAGCUGGUGCAGUCAGAGAGUCAACUCGUGUCUAUCAGGUUGAACUUGCAAGGGGAGCGAGAGGAGAAAGCUCGUUUGAUCAGCAGGCUUGAGGAUCUUGAGAUGAAACUGAAUCAAAGGAAAGCAGACACAGAACGUACCAAGCAGCGAAUGCAAGAAAAGUUAGUAAAUGAAAAGGACAAAUUGGAGCGUGACAUGAAGACUAGAUUCUUGGCAGAGCAGUCAAACCUCAAAUUGGAAAAUGACUUAAAGGAAGAAAAACUGAGGCGAGUCCGACACAUUGUGGACAAUUUGGAUAAGAACACACCAUGCAGGCCCACUGGCAGGAUGACCAGACUGGCUGCGGCCAAGUCAGAAGCUGAGUUGAGCUCAGCCUCAUCAAAUGCUAGGAGUGCAGUCACUCCAAACCCUAAAAGAGGUCCCGCUGUGAGUAAUCAGCGCCACAGGCGGUCUCGCUCAGCUGGAGGAAAUGAGCGCUGGUUGGAUCACAGACCUCAAACACAGAGCAGCAAGUUCCUUGAGCUGCAAACCAUCUUCCAACCCAAUAUGCCAAAGCGCAAGUCUGUCUCCAAACUCACUGACCCCAAGGAUGUGACCGACCCUGCCACAAGCAAGUACUGCCUCACCACCCAAGAGCAAGACUCGGAUGGAGGGUUGGAAACAAAACUUUACAAGGGUGAUGUCCAUCCUACAGUGGGAGGCGGUGCUCAGGUUGUGCUGACCGACGUCGAGGUCUUGAAGCAAACCUCACCCACCAAUCCAAAUGUCUCUCCGUCCCGCAAGAGAAGUGCCAACGGCAAUGGCAAGGAAAACGGCCGACUUCUGCCUGACGAGGUUUCCCACAGAUGCAAGACUGGCAUUGAAGGCCAUGGAAAGAAAUCUUGCAAAUAAUCACAUUCCUUUACUGUUGGAUCUAAGAAGGUUAAAUAACCUCACUUCUCAGAUUUCUAUGUCACACUUGGUUAACAUAUGUAUUUAAUACUAAGGAAGCUUUUAUUGUUAUAGCUCCACGUUAAUUGAAAGACUAAUAUUUCUUGUCUGGAUUGAAAAUAUUACAGGCCCCUUCAUACAAGAAAAUUAACAACUUUUAAUUCUGACAGUGGAAUGGCUGUCAAUGCCAACAGCUUGACUGUACAUAUUUUAGCCCAUUUUGACUAAUCUCGGUGAAAUCUGAAUCCUUAGAAUUUUACAACUUUAACUUGAAGAAGUGGACCAGUUUGUCGUAAUAUUGCAACAAAAAUAUUAUUAACUUUGCUCUCAAUUGGUGGGUUGAACUAGCGGCACACUGAUGACUUGAUUUUCAAAUCUCUGUAUAUUUGAGAAACUUAAAGUGAGACAAUUGAAUAAAAAUAAUCAAGUAAAA